CAUGACCGAGAGCCGCAGAGCCUCCGAGUCCGACGUUUCCAUCGCCGUGAAAAGCAUCAACCGACAUCGCUCUCUCCCCUACAGACACACCACAUCCACCGCGAUCAAUCCUUCAAGAUGCCUUCCUUCUGGCAAGCUGCCGGUCUGACCUACAACCGCUACCUGGCCGUCGCUGCUCGCGCGGUCCGUCGAUCUCUCAAGGAGGGCCCUCGUCUGCAGGCUGAGCGCCGCGGCAACAUGGAUCUUCGAUUCGCCAAGUGGGAGAACGGCAGGCAGGGUGAAGUCAAGGCCCUUGACCAGGCCAACACCGAGGGCAUGGCUGCCCAGUCUGAGUCGAAAUAAGCGAUAUCCCGAAGAUAGCAGAUUGCUGUUAUGAUGGACCGGAGAAUUCUUCCCACCACGGACUGCUGCGGUUGGCACACUAAGGCGAGGAGGAUGGGGUUGUAUAUCUUGUAGCAAUACUGGCUGGUCGAAUCACGCAAAAAUAGAAAUACCUGUCCACCUCGUUCUAUACAUCCGAGUACGAAGGGAACCCUGUCUGUAGUUGCUUGUUGUAGAUGUACUGUCUAUAUUCGGAUUUCGUAGC